AUGUCUUUGAAAAGCGACGGGUGGAAGUUGGAAGGGCGACAGAAGACGAGGGCAAAGGAGAAGACAAACAGUGAGGCGACUGUUGAGUUGGAACGCGUGAAGACGUCUAGGGAAAUCCCGAAGAGGCAAGCCACAUCUUUUGAGUUGAGACGUGAUGAAUUGGGAGAAGUUGAAAGUCGAGGAGAGAAGAAGAAUGGAGUUCCGAAAGGGGACUUGAAAUCGUUACCGGAGCACUUGAAAUACGCAUAUCUUGGAGAGAAUAACAUGUUUCCAGUAAUCGUUUCUUCUUACCUUUGUAAUUCGGAACUUGAUAGGUUAUUGCGAGUCUUAAGAGAGCAUAAAUCUACGAUUGGGUGGUCAAUUAGUGAUUUAAAAGGUGUGGAAAUGAAUACUCGUGGACUCGGAGGUGCGAGUGUGGCGCCUCCAUCGACGAGAAAUGACGAAGAUAUCGAGCUCGAUCCACGCGAGUUGGAGGUUGAAUUGGCACAUCAAUGA